UGCAAUCUACAUUCAAGCUGCAGCAUCCGCAAUCCUCUCUCAUCAACCUCCACUCGCGAGUUGGCAUUCAGAACGGCAACCAUGUCGCGGCACAUCAUCCUCCUCGCACUCCUCGUCGCAACAAUCUUCUCCGCCGCCAUCGCACAGGACGAGGCGGAGUGGGUCGAUGCCCACAACGCCGCUCGCAGCGCGGUUGGCACCCCCCCGCUUGCGUGGAACACCACUUUGGCUGACUAUGCGCUCGCGUAUACCCAGACUCUGACGGGAUCUUGCGAUGAUUGGGGUCAUUCGGGUGGGGACUAUGGCGAGAACAUCUACUGGGGCGGAAGCACCGCUGACACUCCCACCGAAGCCGUCCAACUAUGGGUCUCCGAGAGUGCAGCCUACACAUACGGCCCGUUCGAUGGCAGCACGCGGUCAUGCUGUGCGCAUUACACGCAGGUGGUGUGGAGUACCACCACCAGCGUCGGGUGUGCUAAGGUCCUGUGCGCAUCAUAUGUCAACUAUCCAGUGUUCAUGAUUUGCAGCUACUCUCCUCCAGGAAACUACGUUGGAGAGUAUCCGUACUAGAUGGAUCGACCAGUCAUCGAUCAGGCCAUGGGUGGAUCCACCGACUAGUCAACUGUGGUGAAAGGGCAACAAUGUGUCGAUAUUGUGGGAGUGAGUGUGUAGCAUGUGUAGUUCGUGAUGGACCUGCUUUGACAAAAGUGCGUCGUAAACGAUGCUCUGGAUCCGAUGUCGUUGGGGUGGGGUAAGAGUAGGUCAGCGAGCCGCUACAGUAGCGGGUUCAUAGCGAAUUCACUGUGUGACUGCGAUGGAUCGCGUUGAUAAACAUAAAAAGAAGGCCCGCACGAAAGAGUGCGGACUUGAAUAAUACGAGCAACUUAGACGUGGGAUUAGAUUACUAAUUGUUUCACCAGACCUUCUGUGGGCUGCAAAGCUGAAACCGUCAGCAAGUCUACACUCACUGCUGUAACAUCGAGUAUGUGUUGCGGGGCAAGUUGCUCCAAAGAUGUGGAACGUGGAGAUGCGUUCGGAUUUUAAGUCA